CUGCUCUCUUACGUCUGCAUUCAAGUGGUCAAGUCAGUUUUGCUACAGGAAUAUCGCAAGAGUAGCAAAAGUCAAAGCGCCAGGAAUUGAACUUGUACUGCCAGAUCUGAGAGGUUGUAAGCGCCGACUUGAAGUUGUACAGCGAAACUGAAAUACCAGUCUUGAUGUGACAAUGGACACUUUACAUCAUUUCUUCUUACUCUUGAUGUUUAUGCAUUAUGCAGUAGGUUCCAAUAGUACCUGUCUAAAAAUUCUUCCAGACUCCAUCAGUACGAUUCCUGUUGAGGUGGGAAAAGAUUUCACAGCGAUAUGUCACCUGCUGGAGGGAUCUGGUUACACCUCAGAUGACAUUGAAUGGGUUUUAGGAAACCUCAGCAUUCCAAAGCAGCAUUAUCAUAAAAUAAAUGAAACGUCCGUCAGUGUUACUGUUAAUGUCAACAGCAACAUGAAAGGUUGGUUGAAGUGCAGAGCCAGGAAGCCCUUGUCGUUCCAAAGUCAGUGUACCUAUGGAAUCUCACUCGAUCCAGGAUACCUUCCGUUGAAACCAGAGAAUCUGACGUGCGUUGCUGUGCAGGAGGGCACGGAUAUUUCCUCUGACUUAAAAUGCAGUUGGGAAUCAGAAUCACAGAAACCGCUGCUUGACACCACUUACACCCUUCAUGCUACAAUAUGUCUAACUAACUCAACUUAUACCGCCACUUGUAAACAGCGUCUUGCAAAAAACUGCGUCGUCAACCUGGACACUUUUCCAUUUUCUUUGGAUGUGACAGUGUGGGUUGAAGCAAAGAACGCGCUGGGGUCAGUGCGGUCAGACAAACUUCUAUGCAAUGAUGCUUUGAAUUUUGUGAAACCCAAUCCACCAUUGGAUGUCCAAGUUCUCGCUGAAGUUAACUUCUUCACAUCUCUCAUGGUUACUUGGAAACAUCCCAUUGACAGGACCAUGAUGAAACUCUCGUAUGUCAUCAGAUACCGCCAAGUAGACUCUGAUGUUUGGACCGAGGUGCCUGAGAGCCUUAUCCAAGCGCACACGGAGUCGUUUAGACUGCAGCCACUGGAGCCUUACACUGAAUAUGUGGUACAGAUGCGAUGCAUUCAAGAACGGCAUCAAAGCUACUGGAGUGAAUGGAGUGCUACUGCUACAGUUCGCACUGCAGAAGCCAUUUCCGCACCACCGGACCAGGUCUCCCAGGGAGUGAAAAAUGUGAAAAUCCUCUCUAGGACUGCAUCGAUCCAGCAUUCCCCAAAGUCAGUCGCAAAGGCCACAGAAUCAGUCUGAGAGCAGAAACUGAUGGAAAUUUCCCUAAAAUAAGCAACCAAUUGAAAAUUGUAAUACUGUUCAGCUUCUCAUGGUUCAUUUGGAUUCAUUUCAAUCACGAGGACACUGAAGUAUAACUGUUUGAUAAAAUUACUGAGUCUUAACAGGUUAUUUUUUCAUACUAUUUUACAACUAUGACCUUUUUCUAUGGUAUGCAUAUGGUUGAACUUUUAACUGUAAACAUAUGCUUUUUGUUUACUGUUCUUAAUAAAGGAAAUUGUUGAAGUA